AUGGCGCGAAGCAUGAAGCGGAAGGCCCUGUUCACCUGCCCCUUUAACGGGGACUGCCGCAUCACCAAGGACAACCGGCGCCACUGCCAGGCCUGCCGCCUCAAGCGCUGUGUGGACAUCGGCAUGAUGAAGGAGUUCAUCCUGACGGACGAGGAGGUGCAGCGGAAGCGGGAGAUGGUGCUGAAGCGGAAGGAGGAGGAGGCGCUGAAGGACAGCCUGCGGCCCCGGCUGUCAGAGGAGCAGCAGCGCAUCAUCGCCAUCCUGCUGGAUGCCCACCACAAGACCUACGACCCCACCUACGCCGACUUCAGCCAGUUCCGGCCUCCCAUUCACGGGGAAGACCAUGAAGAGAGCCGCCCCUCCAGCUCCUCCUCACCAGAGACCCCCAGCUUCUCGGGAGACUCCUCCUCCUCGGACCACUACUCCGCCUCGCCAGACCUGAUGGGGCCGCCUAGCUUCUCCAGCUUGGACCUGAGCAGAGACGAUUCUGAUGACUCUUCGAUGACUCUAGGCCUGUCCCAGCUCUCCAUGCUGCCCCACCUGGCUGACCUGGUCAGUUACAGCAUCCAAAAGGUCAUCGGCUUUGCCAAGAUGAUACCAGGGUUCAGGGACCUCACCUCAGAGGACCAGAUAGUGCUGCUCAAGUCCAGUGCCAUCGAGGUCAUCAUGCUGCGCUCCAACCAGUCCUUCACCAUGGACAACAUGUCCUGGGCCUGCGGCAGCGAGGACUACACCUACCGAAUCAACGAUGUAACCAAAGCCGGACACAACCUGGAGCUGAUCGAGCCCCUCCUCAAGUUCCAGGUGGGGCUGAAGAAGCUGAACCUGCACGAGGAGGAGCACGUCUUGCUCAUGGCCAUCUGCAUCGUCUCCCCAGACCGGCCCGGGGUGCAGGACGCGGCGCUCAUCGAAGCCAUCCAGGACCGCCUGUCCAACACGCUGCAGACCUACAUCCGCUGCCGCCACCCGCCCCCGGGCAGCCACCUGCUCUACGCCAAGAUGAUCCAGAAGCUGGCCGACCUGCGCAGCCUCAAUGAGCAGCACUCCAAGCAGUACCGCUGCCUGUCCCUCCAGCCCGAGAACAGCAUGCAGCUCACGCCCCUGCUGCUCGAGGUGUUCGGAAACGAGAUCUCCUGACCAGGGUGGCCUCUGGGGCCCUCCCCAGGGAGCCUCGGGCUGCCCAGCAGCCUUGCCCACACCCCCUGGAGUCCGUCCCCUACCCCCUGUCCAGGCCCUGUUCCUCUGGCCCAUCCUCAGCCCCAGGCCGCCCUCUCCUGCAGGCCCCGGGUCACCCCAUCCCAGCAGACCUCAGUCCAGCGGAGUUGCUCUUUGGCCCAGAAACUCAAGCGGGGCAGAAGGCAGAACCCCGCCCGGGGAUGCCCCCACACACCUGAGGCGACUGAUGUUAAGGGAGCAGGCAGACAGGAGGAAAGCGCCCAUUCCUCAGGGACCAAGCAACCGGUACCUUCUCCUCCCACUGUCCAGAGCCCUGGGGGGCUCUUUGCUCCUCCUACCCACCCCAGUCCCACCCCCUCCUGCUGUGGGGUCCCAGAACAACCUGCCAGUCAAGGACACUCACCAUCAAGGAUGACCAAAACAAGGUGACUGAGGUCACACCUGUCCCCUCCCCCCACCCCCACAGCCCAAGAUACCUGUCCGGUUCUUCAGUGCCCCUGCCCUCCCGUCAGCGCCCCUGUGGUAGCUUCACCUUCUCCCAGAGGGACCUCUUUCCCUCCAUUCCUGGGACCACCUGCCCAGAACCCCACUCAGCCUGAGGCCCUAGGAGGGAAGAAAGCAGGGCUUGGACAGCGGAGAGUGGCCACACCUGGCCUCACGGAAAAGUAGUGGAUGGUGGAUGGUGGCCACCGAGCCACGACUCUUCCACCUGGAGCCUGAGGGGCUGGUGUGGCAGGAGCCCUCCCUCUACCACCAGCGAUCCCUGUGGCUGGCCUGAGUUGUCCCCAAGCAGGAAAGCACCCAGCACCGCCCUUACCCUUCACCCCACCAGUGCCUUACCCCACCCUACCCCACCCCUGCCCCAGCAGAGAGAACCUGCCUCCCUGGCCCGGACACCACCACCUGCAGUGGUGGAGCCUCACCCUGUGAUGGAAUUGCCCCCCCACCCCACCUCCUGACCAGCCUGGAGCCUGGAGACACCAUGCCCGCUCUGCUUAGCAGCUGGGUCCCGGGUGGGGAGGGGGUGUCUUUUCCCCCUUGCAGGAUGGGUGAUGAAGACAUGCAGGCCCCGGUGCCCCAGGUCCUGCUCCUGACGCGGCAGUCCUAAGACUGCAGGAGGGAAGGCCGGGAAGGGGAGGGAGUUGACCUCGGACGCUGGUCCGAGAGAGUAUUUAGGGGUGCGGUAGUGUAGGGCGGGUCCCCUUCUCCCCCUCACUCCACCUCCCAAAAGCCUCAGGGGGCCCAUGAGGCAGGACAGGGAAGGGCGCCUUCCUUGUGACUCCUGUGCCAGCCCAGGAAGUGGGAACUCUUGGCCACUUUGCUCCACUUGCACUUUGGGAUGAGCGUGAGCUGUAGGUGGGAGGGGCCUGUGUGGCAGGAGGCUCUUCCACCAGGAGUCAUGGGAGCUUGGGGACCCCAGCUGUACCUGCUCUGUCAGCACUGGACAUAGCGGGAGUGUGGCGCCCAAGCCUCUAGAGGAGGCACCUCCUAAGGCUCCUGGGAGGAAUCUGACUCUGCCUCAGAAAGCAUCACGGAGUCCUUAGCCCGUGCUGCCCCGUAUGCUUCAGGUGGGAGACACCUGGACGGCACAGUGCGUUUUGCAGAACGCCCUCCCUACGGGCCGGCGAGUGUUUUCAGAAUCAGGUUCCAUGGUCGCAAGUACCCCGCGGAUCAAGGGAUGUUGACAGCGGGGAGGACUUACCUGGUGAUCAAUCUAUACGUUCAUUCUUGUUAUUGGCACAAAACAGGGAGAGCCCCUUCUUGUGUGAGUCCAGCUGCAGGACACAUGGGCCCAACUUGCUUUUCAGUAGGAGAGAAAGCUGGGAAAUUGCUGACAGCGUUCAACCCCUCGUUCGGGGAAGCUGGCUCUUCUUCACGAAGAGUGAGUGGCUCGUGUAACUGUGAGAGGUAGGUAACACCAGGACUGGCUGUGGACUCUAGCCCAGGGCUCUCUUCACACAGCACCCUGAGCUCAGCACCACUGCCCACCCCUAGUGGCUGACCCCAGCCUCAGAACCCAUGCAUAGGGUGGCACUGAGUCAGAAUUGACUCGAUGGCAGUGACCGGAAUGGAGGGGCCAAGCCAAUCCCUGGGGGGCAGCCCUGAGUUCUAGACAGAGCGAGCCUGGAUCCUAGGUCCCUUCUGUCCUUCCCUGCUGGCCCAUCAGAAAAGGGGGGGGGUCACCUCAGCCUUCAUUUCAAUGUGAAUCAGAUUCCCGCCCCCUGCCCCACCUCCCGUGUUGCCCUGGCCCUGUGGGGCCUCUGCCUCUGUCCUGUAUCAUGCUGUUGCCUUACCAAUAAAAUGCAUUUGUGUUUGUAAUGUC